AUGGCAGGAGCUGCGACUACCACCAAGGCUGCCACAGAGGCAUUAAUUGCCAAAUUUCAAGUUGAUAAGCUGCUGAAGCAAGAUCAACAUGGCCGGCGAAUUACCUUGCUAGGCACAAUUGACGGCCAGCAAGGCAUCCUCACAGCCGAGCGAACAGCCUUCUCCACAGAAUCCCUCUCAGUCAUCAAAGCCUUCCACGCAGCAAUCUCAAAAGUCAACAACCUUGGGGACAAUGACAUCUACCGCUGGUACCUCGCAUCCUCAAACGGGCCCAGCACAGAAGGAUCAGACAUCCAACAAGACCUCAAGCUCAAUCUCAUCUGGCCAUGCACGGCGCAACACAUUAAGAAAUACUCCGAUCAGCAGCUCCGCAUGGUCACCGAGACGCCGGAGAUCUACGCACAGCACGUGCGACCUUUUAUACAAGCUAAGCGCGAAGAAGGCCGUCUGAAUUGGGUGUUCAACAUCCUGGAGGGUCGAACCGAGCAGGAGGAUGUCAUCAUGCGUGAUGAUGGGCAUGGCCCUGAAGAUGCGUUCUUGAUGCUCCCCGAUUUGAAUUGGGAUCGGAAGACUAUGAGCUCGUUGCAUCUACUGGCGUUGGUGCAUAGACGAGAUAUUUGGAGCCUAAGGGACUUGAAGAAGGAACAUGUGUCUUGGUUAAAGUAUCUGAGAGAAAGGGUACUUGAGGCGACAGUAUCCAUGUAUCCUGAUUUGGAGCAAGAUCACCUCAAGCUCUAUGUUCAUUAUCAACCGACUUACUACCAUUUCCAUAUUCAUGUCGUUAAUGUGAUGCUGGAGGCCGGCGCUACCCAGGCAACGGGCAAGGCAUUUGGCUUGGAGAAUCUCAUCUCUCAGCUCGAGACGAUGACUGGCGGAGAGGAUGCCAGUCUGGCAGAUGUGAGCUUGACUUAUUACCUCGGCGAGGCAAGUGAACUAUGGACGGAUAUAUUUGCGCCGUUGAAGCAGGGGAAGAAGCCAGCAAGCCAGCCAGACAGUUGA